AUGGAUAGGAUCCUCCUUGACACUUCCAAAUUCCAACGUUUAUCAAAGGACCCCACCGAGGACCUCGGAAAAAAAGUGUCAAGGCUUGUGAUUAGGGCCAAUAAUCAGCAAGACGUCGUAAAAUUCCCUAAGGUAAAAGGAGACUAUGGGCCUGGUUACUGCUACAGGACAGUGAAAACGCACAAGGCAGGCAACCCCCUAAGGCCCAUCAUCUCUCAGAUGACAUCCCCAACCUACAGAAUAGCAAAGGUCCUGAAUGAUUUGCUGGUACCUUAUAUACCCGGUGCAUAUUCGCUGAAAUCAGCGGUGGAGUUUAUUGAUCUCUUACAGGAAAAAGGACCAGAAGACGACAUUGCCUCACUCGACGUUGAGAGUUUUUUUACGAAUGUUCCAGUCGAAGAAACGAUCGACAUCAUCCUUGAUCGUGUAUACAGGUCCGAGAAGAACCCACUGCCCAUUUCCGAAGAUGUCCUCCGAGAUAUGCGGAAGGCUAGUACUAAGGAGCGCCCUUUCCUCUCUAAUCAGGGGGAAUUAUUUCGACAAAUAGACGGAGUCGCCAUGGGAUCCCACUAA